UGUCAUAUCAUUCAUCUCAAAGCAAAAUUUCAAAGCAAGAUAAACAAGUGAAAUAAACCAAAGUUUUUCUACUUCUUUUGGUCAGUGAUACUCACUUUUUGUGUUUUUCCUCCAAAUUUUCUUAAAAUGGGUUCUUCUUCGAGGUUUAGCAAUGGCUAUAAUCUUCAAUUUUUCUUCGUGUUCUUAGUGCUGGUUUUGGCUACAACUUACUGUAGUUGUAAAGUAGUGGUUGAUACUCCUCUACUCGAGGAAAAUGAGAAAGGGUUUGAUAUUCUGAAGGACUCAAAUGAGAAAUCAGAGCAAAUUAAGCACAAGAUUGAAGAGACAGCACAUGAAGCAAAAGAAGGAACCGAAUCUUGGGCAAAUUGGGCAAAAGAAAAACUAACAGAAGGUCUAGGGUUUAAACAAGAUUCAGAUGUGAAAGAAACAGCAAAAGAUGUUGCUGGACAAAGUAAAGAAAAAGCUCAAGGAAUGGCUGGAGAAGCCAUGGACAAAGCAAGAGAAGCAAAAGAAAAAGCCAAACAAAGUACUGACUAUGUGGGUAAUGUAGCUGCAAAUGGUAAAGAAAAAGCGCAAGCAAUGGCCGGGGAAGCGAAGGAUUCGGCGAAACAAGGAACCAACUAUGCGAGUGAUGUUACAAAGAAAGGAAAAGAUGCGGCACAGGGAAUGGCAGGUGAGACGAUGGAAAAAGCAAAGGAAGGAAGUGACUAUGUGGGAAGUGUCGUAAACUCGGGGAAGGACAAAGCACAAGGAAUGGCAGGAGAAACAAUGGAAAAGACGAAGCAAGGAAGUAACUAUGUGGGUAGUGCUGUAAACUCGGGGAAAGAAAAGGUGCAAGACAUGACAGGUGCAGAAAUGGAAAAAGGAGGGGAAGUGAAAGAAUCAACAAAACAAGGGACUAAUUAUGUUGGAGAAACCACAAAGAAAGGGGCAGAAAAGGUUCAAGAAAUGGCUGGAGGUUCCAAGGAUAAAGCGAAACAAAGUGCAGAUUAUGCUGGUAAUGUUGCAAUGAAAGGGAAAGACAAAGCUCAAGAAAUGGCAGGGUCAGCUAUUGAUGAAGCUGAAGAGCAAAUUGAAUGGGCAAAAGAAAAGGCUAAAGGAAGUUUUGAUGCUGCUAAAGCUAAAGCUCGUGAAACCAUGGAGAAAGCUAAAGAGAAACUUUCACCUACUAAACAAAAAACGACACAAGAUGGCAAAAUUCAUGACGCCGAACUCUGAGGAAUCAUAUACAGCACCACGGAUGUGCCAUUAGUGUCUCUAUUUAGACCCUUUUUUUCUUUGUUUUUGUUUUGAAUCUGUUUUCUAUCCAUGUUGAUGGAUGGGCUGGUUGAUGUGUGCUAUAAAUGUAGUUUAGGUGUUUCUAGUGCAUUUUAUCGUGUAUUGUAGUGUGUGUUUUGGUCUUUGCAAUGUCAUUAAAGAAGUUGUUGAUCAA